AACAUGAACAAUCAAACUACAAUGCCUUAUUUUCUGCUUUUGGAAUUCUCAGUAACUCGGCAACUGCAACUGCUACAUUUCUUUUUCUUUUUUGUGUUAUACUUGGCAAUUACAACAGCAAACCUUCUUAUCAUCUGUGCAGUAACUUUUAACCAGCAAUUGCACAGACCCAUGUAUUUUUUUCUGAUGAAUUUGGCUCUGCAAGAUAUAGGCUCUGUUUCUGUCAUUGUUCCCAAAUCCAUGGUGAAUUCCCUCAUAGAUACCAGACACAUUUCUUACUUUGGUUGUGUUGCUCAAGUCUUUCUCUUUGCCUUCUUUGUGGGUUCUAAUGUAUCCCUCCUAACAGUCAUGGCAUAUGAUAGGUAUGUUGCCAUUUGCCAUCCACUGCACUACGAGAGGAUUAUGAAUUGGAAAGCCUGCACUGAAAUGAUGAUUCUGGUAUGGGCUGCUAAUCUUGUCUAUGGAACGUUGCAUACUACUGGCAUUUUUUCAGUCCAUUUUUGUUCUAAUGUUGUUAAUCAAUUUUGCUGUGAAAUUCCACAGUUGCUAAAGCUAUCCUGCUCUGGAGUCAAUCGAGUUGAAGUUGGAAUUAUUUUGAUCAGUGCCAUUGUAGGAAUAGGUUGUUUUACUUUUAUAAUUGUAUCUUAUGCCAUGAUCUUCAAUGCAGUGCAAAGAAUCCCUUCGGAACAAGGAAGACAAAAAGCCUUAUCAACUUGUAUUCCUCACCUUAUAGUAGUAUCUAUAUUUUUAUUAACAGGAUUCUUUGCCUACCUGAGACCUCCCUCUAACACCAAUUCUUACCUAGAUUUUGCAUUGACUGUUCUGUAUUCCAUUCUUCCACCUCUGUUCAAUCCUAUAAUCUAUAGCAUGAGGAAUAAGAAUAUCAAAUUUGUUCUUUCUAAACUGUGCAGAUUUUGA